AUGUCGUUUUCAUUUGGAUUCACUAACGAAGAUUUCAGUGACGAUGAUAUAGAAGAGUCUGUCAACGUGAAUAAUGUACCAGUUUCGAAGCUGAACGAAAAUCCAUUGGAUAAGUUAUCUGAAACGAUUGAUGAAUCGUCAUAUCCUAAGAUGCACACUUUGGAAUCUAUUUUGCAUACAUUGAAUGGGGUUAGACUCACAUUUGAUAACUAUACUACUCCAAUAGGACAAAAUAUCAUAUAUCGUCGGGAACUAUUUGAUGUUAAGCAUCAAAUAAUGUGCGAGGAUGAUGAUAAUUCUGUAAAGCAUGGUGUCACUAGUGACGUUUUAAUUGGAGACAAUAAUGUAGUAGAUUUGAAGAAAAAUGUUUAUGAAGGGGGUUUCAAGAGUUGGGAAUGUUCGUACGAUAUGGUUGAUGAAUUAUCGAACAUGAUAAAUAAUGGGAAGUUGAAGUAUAAGAAUCUCUUAGAGUUUGGCUGUGGAACAGCAUUACCUACAUGUUUCUUGUUGAUGAAAAAGUUCCAAAUGCAAGACAAGACCAGCACAAACUACAUACUAUCAGACUUCAACUAUGAUGUACUCAGGUUAGUCACAGUACCGAAUUUGAUUAUCCACUGGGCAUCCACUUUAGAACCAUCGAAAUUGAACGAAUUAUGUGCAUCCCAGCCUACCGGAGACCUUGAAGUGGACGCUCCAAUAUUAAGCAAUGACGAAGUAUUGAUAACUGAACCCUUGAUUAACGAAUUCAUCAACCAAUUAUCAGAAUACAAUGUCAAAUUACUGUUUGUCUCUGGCUCAUGGGGUCGUGAGUUCAAUUCUCUUUUGAAUGGCACUCCAAUUGACCUUAUUAUUAGCUCUGAGACUAUCUACUCACCUGAAUCUUUACCAAUUGUAGCUGAAUCAUUGAUCGAAAUCUUGACUCAAUCUAAUGUCCCGAAAUCGUCGUGCUUGAUCGCUUCCAAGAACUUUUAUUUCGGUGUUGGUGGUUCUGUUACUGAAUUUGUCAACUAUUUAAAGAACAAGAAGUUAGAGAAGAUCUCCUUAGAUGUUAAUGAAAUCCAUGACUCCCAGUUAAAGAGGUCGUUGAUCACAUUGACCUACUUCUAA